AUUUCUUGACACUUACAGCGAAUGCGCCUCUAAGCAAGACUUGAUCUCCCUUCCAACUGCAUUUCCUCACAAUGGCGGCCUCUAUAAGAGCCAAUUGCAGAAAGGUGAUUUGCAUCGGUCGGAACUAUGCCGACCACAUUACAGAACUCAACAACGCAAAGCCGAAGCAGCCUUUCUUCUUUCUGAAGCCUCCCUCCUCUAUUCUUCUGCCUCGCGAGGGUCCAGUUCUGCGUCCCAAGGGAGUCAGCCUGCACUAUGAGGUGGAAUUAGCGCUGGUGAUGGGCAAGACAGUUCGGGAUCUGGACCCGAACGAUGAGAAGGGUGCUCUGGAUGCGAUUCGCAGCUACCUCCUCGCCAUUGACAUGACCGGCCGGAACGUCCAAGACGAGGCAAAGAAGAAGGGCCUCCCCUGGUCCAUCGCCAAGGGCUUUGACACCUUCCUGCCCAUUUCGGAAGAGAUCCCCAAGGCGCGCAUCCCCGAUCCCCACAAUGCCUUCUUGCGCCUCAGCGUUGGUUCCCAGCUGCGCCAGGCAGAUUCCACCGGCCUCAUGCUCUACCGGAUCCCCAGACAGCUCGCAGAGAUCUCGCGCGUCAUGACCCUGGAGAAGGGCGAUCUUGUUCUGACUGGUACCCCCAAAGGGGUUGGAGAGGUCAAGGCCGGUGACGUGAUGAAGGCUUCCAUCGAGGUGGACGGGAAGGAGAUCGAGGAGGGUAGAAUCGAGGUGGAGGUGAAGGAUCGCGAAGGCAGAUACGUGUACAGUGAGACGUGAUAUCGUGUAUCAAUCGGAUAUUGCACAUUGGGCUAGCUGCUGUAUAUACAACAUCCCCCUGCAACACAAUUCGCAUUGCGGGACCACCCCAAGUUCAAGUACAUUUAGACUAUCAAAUCAUCUUCAUCUGCUGGCACAAU